AUGGCCCAGAGCAACAUUUCUCCCUUCCUAAAUGAAUCCUCCAAUUUGACAACAAAUGAGAGCGUUGUGAAUACCAAUACUGGCACCACUAUGGGCGCCCUCAUCCUGAGCCUCGUCUUUCUCCUGGGCUUCCCUGGAAACAUCUUCAUCAUCUGGAGCGUCCUGGCACGUGCCAAGAAGUAUUCUGUCACCACACUCCUCAUCCUCAACCUAGCUAUCGCCGACGGCUCUCUGAUGGCUCUCACCCCGUUCUUCAUCAUCUACCUGGUUUUGAAGAAGUGGGUGUUUGGGGAAGCGAUGUGUAAGAUCCUCUUCUACCUGUGUCUGGUCAACAUGUAUGCCUCCAUCCAGAUGAUCAUGCUGAUGAGCGUCUACAGGCUGGUGGCAGUGCUGUGGCCGCGCCGCGUCACUCUUAUCACCAGCCGGAAGACUGUAUUGUGGGUGCUGGCUGUGUUGUGGGUGCUGGUGAUGGUCGCCUCUGUUCCUGCAAUGAUCUUCAGAAAAGUGAAGCCGGAGGGGAAUACGAGGGUGUGUGAAUCAGUCCACGUUGAAAACAGCCAUGUGGUCCUCCAGUACAUGCUGGAGAUCGUGUUGGGGUUUUUAAUUCCCUACAUGGUCAUUGUAGUCAGUUACAUCUGCAUCUUACGACGGAUCCGACAGACAAAGUUCCGCCGUCGCAUUCGCAGUGAGAAUCUCAUCCUGGCCAUCGUGGUGACCUUCUGCCUCUUUUGGUUGCCCUACAACAUCAUCAACAUGGUGCAAGUAACAUGGGCUUUGUAUCCAAAGGGUCAAAUAAAGGACAUACUCAAUUUAAUAUGGCACAAGAGCCGAGCUGUCACGUCUUCCAUAGCCUUCAUCAGCAGCUGUGCCAACCCGGUGCUCUACUUCUUCGCAGGAAAGUCCUACAUCCGGCGAGAAGGGCUGGCGUUCAUGGCCCGCUUGUUUGAGGGCACUGGGCUGGACUCGGCCACCAGGAAGAGCCGACAAAACAGCCAGAACAGCCGCGAAAAAGACAAAGACGCAGAUGCUGUCAUGCUAAAGGACAAAGAUCCAGACUCUGUUACCAAUUCAAACUCUAAUACCAAACCACUAAAGAAUGGUAACUAG